AUGGCAUUCAUCACACCUAUACCGUGUGGACCUUGUCAAGAAGGAAAAGUAAACACUAAAGCUGAAUACUGGUGUUACAUCUGUGAUGAAGGAUUAUGCUUCAUAUGUUCUGAUCAUCACAAAAGAUCUAAGUUAUCACGUAAUCAUAAGACUAUUGAUAUAAAAUGUUAUAAUCCUUCCUUCGGAGCUAUCAAAACAGAGUGUGACAAACAUGGUCAACAACUCAAUUUGUUCUGUCCUAGUCAUUUAAUUCCUUGCUGUGAUCUAUGUAUUUCCACCAGUCAUUCAAAGUGUACAGGAAUAAAAAGUUUAACAAAUGUGGUAGAUAAAAGCAGGGUAGAAAAAAACAAAGAAUCUGUAGAGAAAGAUAUCAACUCCAUCUUAAAUCUCUUAAAUAAAGUGGUAAAUAACAAAUCAACAAACAUCAAAGCAGGAGAACAACAAUGUGAAGGCAUAAAAGGUUCAAUCAUGAAACUAAGGGAGGAAAUAAAUGACCAUUUAAGUCAUCUUGAGAAGACAUUAUGUGAAGAGAUAGAUGUACUGUGGGACUUGGAAAAAUCAACAGCAACUAAUUUUAUUACCGAAAUUGAAGAUAAAAAGACAAAUUUACAGCAAACACACGAUCAUUUACUUAAUGUCUCAACACAUAGUUCAAAACUACAAUCAUUUCUAGGCGUACAUCAGAUUGAACAACAAGUACUUCAAUAUCAACAAUAUAUUGAAGAUCUAGAAAAAGAGGACAGGGCUAAAAAGUUUGUCAUCAUAUUUAAACAAAAUAAUGAAAUAGAAAAGGUACUACGCAAGUUAACAUCAUUAGAAUCCCUGGGAGAAGUAUCAAUUGUUACGACAGAAACAGACUUGAAAUGGGAAACAAGUGUGAGGAGGGAAGCACAAGUAGAAUCGCGAGAACAAUCCAACAUAAACAUCAUUACAAUGAUUACCGAAUAUCAAACAUCGAUUGAUAUGGAGAAGGAGAUUACUGACAUGAUUUGUCUGAUGGAUGGACGAUUUAUAGUAGUAGAAUGGUUAGGUAAACUUAAGCUACUUACUUAUGAUGGCAAAUCUCAGAAGAAUUUACAAAUACCUGGAGAACCAUGGGGUGUUAUACAGAUCAAUCGGAACACUAUAGCCAUAACUUAUCCUUAUGAGAAAGCCAUUAAGAUCUUCAACAUUGAGAUGGAAACAGUAACAAGAGUUAUCACAUUAGACACAGAAUGCUAUGGUUUAUCUUUCUCCAAUAAUUCUCUUACUGUAGGUGUUGGUGGUAAACAAGUCCGUUUUAUAGACUUGGAUGGAAAUACACUGAAGUCAAUACAAGUUCAGAGUAAAUCAAACCUGCAGUUCUUUAUCAAAUGUAAUGACAGAAUUAUCUAUGGUGACUAUACUGGUAAAGCAGUAACCUGCGUUGAUGUAUCAGGUAAACAGAAAUGGCAAUACAAAGGGGACUUAGCCGGACCUUUGGGACUUUGUAAAGAUACUUAUGGUAACAUUUUUGUAGUAGACAAGGAUUCUGAAAGAAUAAUAGUAAUAUCAAAAGAUGGACGGAAUAGUAAAGUUCUACUUAGUCAAGAGGAUGGAAUCAUAGGACCUAGAUGUAUCUGCUUUAACAAAAAUGAGUCUUCCGGUUUUAUUUGUUAUCAAUAUGGCAGAAACUUGGUAAAAUUCAAUUUUUUUUCAGGAUAA